GCCACCAGCUAACAUAUUAGCCACUUCAACAACAUUCGAUACGAUAUUUAUCACAUGGAACGAGGUUCCAAUGCAGGAACGAAAUGGUAUAGUCCGGAAAUACAGAGUAUACGUAACAAAUUCAGACCAGAUCUUAGAACACACGUCAACUGUGGAUGCUCACGUGACGUCAUUGAUAGUAUCAAACCUUGUGCAUAACACCCACUACUGUGCACAGGUAAUGGCGUAUACCGUGGCAGAUGGACCUUUGAGCGCAUGCGUGGAUGUCAUAACAUUGGAAAAAGGUAAGACUUAAUGGUCCACUUUUCCUCUCAAAAUGCCGGAGAAGACGUGUGCUAAAUUUUUGAGGUACUAGUUCGAGAAUUUUUACUAGAGUUUUUUUUUGCUGUACUAGCGGUUCGCGACAACACCGCUCGCACGUCACUCUCACAGUCACAGUCACACUCUUACUUAUUUUGCGUUCUUCCCGACGGAUUUUCGAGGAAAAGAGAGACUGCUGGCAGUCUCUUCUGAUUGGAUGAAAAAGUGGCGCGAGUUUUUUAUUUAGCCAAUCACGUGGCGUAGUUAGUGCAAAACCAAUCACUUUUCGACAUUCAAUUAAAAUCGCACUAAAACAAUGGGAAUUCUUAGUACUUGCACUUAUCUGGCAGGGGGUAGUAGGCACUUUUUCCGCGGGGUUAAAUUUUAAUUCAUUUUCUUUGGCGCAGUCUAGGAACGAGAGACGAUUGAGCAAGCUAGCGCUAUAUCAAAUAGCCUUCGAGUAGUAAUUAAAGCGAGCCAAAGCCAUUCUUAGUUAUUUUCAAUACUGACUAGUUGCUAGUUCAAUACUGACUAGUUCAUAUUGCUAGUUCAAUACUGACUAGUUACAUUAACCUUAUUUUUGUGUCGAUGCCACAAAGUUCCAACAUGUCAAGACGCUCUGGGCAUGGAAAGCGGAGCAAUCUCGGAUGCUCAAGUUACAGCUUCCUCACAACAAAAUUUUCAGUAUAUUCAUGCUGCCAAUCACAGUAGACUCCACUUUCAACAAAAUGGAAUUAAAGCGGGAGGUUGGUCGGCAGCCACAAACAAUAGCCAUCAGUGGUUACAGGUUGAUCUGGGUAGUCAUGACUACAAAGUGACGCGUAUAGCGACACAGGGAAGGCAUUCUACCAAUUACCAACAGUGGGUAACGAAGUACAAGCUUCAAUACAGUAAUGAUGCAAUGACCUUUUGGUACUACAGGGAACAAGGAAUGACCACGGACAAGGUGAAAAUUGCACAGCGGUUAAACGUACAACACAUGUGCUGUUUCGAAUUUUCUGGAAACGAAAACCAAAGCACGGUUGUGUCACAUGACUUAAACCCACAAAUCAAAGCACGUUACAUUCGUUUUGUACCAGUGGCUUGGCACGACUGGAUAUCAAUGAGGGUGGAACUCUAUGGUUGUGCAGAAUGCUCAACAGACUGGAUUCAAUAUGAAAGCCACUGCUACAAAGCAUUUCAAGUAGAAGUUAACUGGGACGACGCUAGACAAGAAUGCCUGGAUUUAAACUCAGACCUCGUGUCAAUAACGAGCAUUGCAGAGAAUAGCUUCAUAAAUACAGCUUUCCUUCUUGAUAAUAAGGAAAGGGCUUGGAUUGGACUCAAUGAUAAGGAAAAAGAAGACGAAUUUCAUUGGAGCGAUGGAACACCGUAUAAUUUCUCAAUUUUUAGUAAAACUGACAUUGUUAAUGGGAGAGGGGCAAACUGCGUAUUUAUUAAGAAUGGAGAAUGGUUUGAACAUUCAUGUUCUGGCAAGAGGCAGUACAUCUGUAAAAAACGAGACCUACUGUUCUCCAUCCCUGCCUAG